CUUCCCCAUUUCAAAAAUUAGGAGCCAUUGAAGCUUCCCCAACUGCUGCAACUCCGCCGCUCUGCUACCUGAAAUCCGCCUACUACAAUUUCCAGCGCCCAGAGCCAAAUCGGUUAUCCCUUUCAUUCAUUCAUUUCAUUCAUUCUAAUUUGGAUAAUAAAUUUUAAUCUAGUAUCUUACAUAUAUAUAUUUUUUGUUUUUCCAUCCGGGGUUUACUUUGGAGUCCCAUUAAAUCUGGAUUCGAUAUUUAUAUUCUACUAUUAGCCUCAUACCUAAAUGCUGAGGAUUUUAGUAAAAGAGGGUUUCACUAUUUCCAUAUUGAAUUUCCAUCAGAAGCGUACUCUUGUCAAUGUAAAGCUUAAAUGGGUUAAAGAUAGUGUCUUGGAUUCUGUAGUAGUUGGAGGUACACAACUUAAGGCCGGAACUACACUAGUUUCUAUCAUUGCCUCACAAUCCACUUCUGGUAUUCCUAUUUACCAUCUCCAAAGAAAGCAUAGGCAGCUUGGACUCCCUCAUGACUUGAAAGUCUCCACUUUCCUUAGGCGAUACCCGAAUAUUUUUCAGGAGUUCUUUUGUUGUGAUAGUGCUGGUACUCCUGUUCCGUGGUUCAAAUUGACUCCUGAGACUUUAGAGUUUCAUCAUGAGCAAGUUGACGUUUUCCGCCAGUGCAGUGCAGAUAUUGUUAAUAGGUUGAGAAAGCUUUUGAUGAUGACCAAUAAGAGGAUGCUUCCUCUUCAGACAAUUGAUCAGUUAAAAUGGGAUUUAGGCUUGCCGCGUGAUUGUGCUAGUUCAUUGAUUAUUAAAUAUCCUGAGCUGUUUAGUUUGGUGGACCUUCCUGAUGGUCGUGUCGGUUUGAAGCUUUUAGCAUGGGAUCACAAAUUAGCUGUUUCCCAUUUGGAGGCAAGUUAUGCAAAGGAAAAUGGGACCUUGAUGUUUCCUAUUGGAUUCACCAGGGGUUUUGGAUUAAAGAGAAAAUGUAUGAAAUGGUUGGAGGAAUGGCAAAAGCUGCCUUAUACUUCUCCUUAUGUAGAUGCUUCUCAUUUGGACCCAAGGACAGAUGUGUCAGAGAAGAGGAUAGUUGGGGUGUUUCAUGAGCUUCUGCACCUCACCUUACAAAAGAAAACAGAGAGGAACAAUGUGAGCAAUCUUCGUAAGCCACUGGAAUUGCCUCAGAAGUUCACAAAGGUCUUUGAGCGGCAUCCGGGGAUUUUUUACCUUUCUAUGAAGGGUGACACGCAGACAAUCGUCCUUAGAGAGGCUUAUGAGCGCAAUCAACUGAUUGAGAAGCAUCCCCUUGUUCAGAUAAGGGAGAAAUUUGCGAACAUGAUGAAACAAGGUUUUCUAGAUCGUAGUAGAGGGUUAUAUAAAGACACUAACCAAGGUCCAGAGGAAGAGAAGUCAUUGACAAGUAGUUUUGUUGGUGAGGCCUGUGGAACUAGAUAUUACUCUGAUAUAGGCUCAGAUUCUGGUAUGUGCGUAGAACAUGAAGCAAAGUAGGUAAAGGUCUUUCAAGAAUGUUGAAGUCAUAAUCUGAGAGGUGAGUGGAUUGACUGUUUGAGCUUCUUAAAAACACGCGGAAGUAGAUUGGUUAUGCUCUUAAUAUACCAAUAACAUUAGAUAGAGGUCCUUAAAGUAGUACUGUUGAAGCUAGAAGCUGAGAGGUGAUUGGCUGUAACUUUGAGAUUCUUAUUUCUGUUCUAAAUUUGCGGGGAGGUUCUUCAUAAAGUUGAGGAAGUUCUCCCCAAUCUUUGCUUAUGAUCUGGUCCUUAAAUUAGUUAUUCCAACCAAAUCAAAGAAGACAGCCAUUUAAAUAUCAAGAAGAGGGGAAAUCAACUUAUGCAAUCGAAAGAUGAGCUUUGAGUGUGAAUACUCCCUUAAUGGCAUCAUUUCAGAGAACCACCUGUGGAGUGCCCUUUAUAUGUCUCAAUGAAUAUUAUUGAUGGACUUCUGUUCUGUAAGAAGUAUUCAGCUGGAACUCUUGCAGCAACAGACUCUGUGGUGUCACCUAAAUGUGAUGGUAAACUAUUGCCAGUGUUCUUUACUUGAAGUAUUGUUGCCGACUCCUUUCUCACUAUUCUUUCCCUUAUUCUUCGUCUCUAUUUUUGGGGAGGUCUUUUGAUUUGCUUCUGUCUGUAUAUGAUUUCUGCUUCAGCAAUCCAAGGUGAGCAUAACCAGAGACAACUUCAUUAUCAACUACCUCAGUAAGGCCCUAUUUUGCCUGAUGGUAUGAAAGUAAAAGUGAAGACAGCGGAAAAAGGUGAUGAGCCCCAAAGUCUUGUUUCAGUGGCUUCUUCAAAUCAAACCAAAUGGAGAAGCUUCAGUCCAUCUUGGCUUCUUUGCACCAUUGCUGAUACUUGUGACCUGUUUCACAUUGUUAUAUUUUUUUUACAAAAAGAGAAAAAGAGGCCUCAACUUAUGCACUGGAGUACAUGUGUGAAGAAGAUAUGAAAGGAAACAACCACCUAUUUUUGGAGUAAGGUGGCUUUGGAGCUUUGGGACAUGUUUGGACUUGUUCAAUAUUAAAGUAAUGAUAUCAAAUCUAGCCAAGUAGUUACUGUUAAUACCGGAAAAACAUGGGCAAACACUAUGGAUAAGGAAAUUCUUGAUAUCUUUAUGACAAGUUUAUUCCAACUG